CGGUCUGAGGUUUGGCACUUCAGGCUUCCGUAACUGGUGGUGCUUUUCGUUGAAACAAAAAGUGUCUUGUCCAUGUGCAUUUGCCCACUUAAUUAUCAUUUAAUUCGUGUUUUGGCAUCACAGAGCCAGGCAUGUCGUCAGAUGCUUUGAAGAAGCGGAAGUCAAAGGUUGUCCGCAGUGAAGGAGGAACCCCAGAGAUGAAGCGAGGUCGCGGAGAUGGAGAGCAACACGAUGCCCGUGUGUACAGCGAGGACGUUGAGCUGGAGGCCAGGGACCCUGGGCAGGAUUACCUACAGUACAAAGAGUCAUGUGAGAGUUUGGCCACACUUAUGAGUGAGAUCCAGACUCUUAAAGCUAAUGGAGCCAAGGAUGGGUGUGCUGAGGUCGAGCAGAAACGCAUGCAGAGUUGCAUCCACUUCAUGAACCUGAAGAAACUCAACCGUCUGGCUCACAUGAGACUGAAAAAAGGCAGAGACCAGACACACGAGGCAAAGCAGAGAGUGGACGUGCUGCACCUUCAGUUACAAAACCUGCUGUAUGAAGUUAUGCAUCUUCAAAAGGAGAUCAGCAAGUGUCUGGAAUUCAAGUCUAAGCACGAGGAGAUAGAUUUGGUGUCUGAGGAAGAGUUUUACCAGGAGGCUCCAGAGCACAUAUCCAUGCCUUACGUCACAAAAACUGAUCCCCAUCAGCUCACACUGGCACGACUGGACUGGGAGCUCGAACAGAGGAAGAGGUUGGCUGAGCAAUACAAGGAGUCACAGUCGACGAAGGAGAAGAUCCAGAAGAGCAUCGGUGAAAAAGAACAUCUGACAAGCCUGCAGCCUGGACUCAAUGCUAUCAUGCAGGCCUCUCUGCCGGUGCAGAAGUAUCUGUCCAUGCCUUUUGAACAGACUCAGAAACAAACAGAGGUCGCUCGCCACCUGCCUCCACCUCUCUACGUUCUAUUUGUUCAAGCUAAUGCCUAUGGCCAGGCCUGUGACAAGAACCUGAGUGUCUCAAUCAUCGGAGAUGUGGAUGAGGCCAAGGCCCUGUCCAAACCUCCAGAUGAUUCCCAAGAUGAUGAGAGUGACUCUGAUGCAGAGGAGGAGCAAGAGAAAACAAAGAGGAGAAGGCCGACUACAGGAGGCCAGCUGGACGACAAAAGACGAGAGAUGCUGAAGAGGCACCCUCUGUCCCUCUGCUUAGACCUCAAGUGUAAAGAUGGCAGCAUCCUCCAUCUCUACUUCUUCUACCUCAUGAAUCUGAACAUCAUGACUGUCAAGACCAAGGUCUCCACCUCCUCAGACCUGAACACAGCCAUCAGUGCAGGGGACCUGCUGAAAUCUGACACUCUGCUCAGCUGCCUCUACACCAGCGACCUUGGGCGAGACACUCCCAACCCAGCUAAUCGCUACCAGUUUGAUAAAGUCGGGAUUGUUUCCUUUGCCGAUUAUUUGGAGGAGCUCGGUCACCCCUACAAGUGGGUGCAGAGUCUGGGAGGACUCAAUUUUCCCGAUGAUGCUUCAGAGGGCGUGUGUGCUGGCAGUUCACUGAGUGCCAGUCAAAUGGAGAGCACCAUGAAGCUGCUGAGGGGACGGUUGCAGUCCCGUUUGGCCUUGCAAAAACAGUUUGCCUCUUUAGAGCACAGCAUCAUCCCGGUGUCCAGUGAGUGUCAGCACCUCUUCCCUGCCAAGAUCAUCUCCCAUUUAGCUCACUGGAACACCAUCACCUAUGAGGAGUACAUGACUAUGCCGUAUACACGUCAUGUGACUGAUGCUGGGCUCGCAAAGGAGACUGACCUCUACUUCAUGAGUGUGGUGGAGAGGGGCACAGCUCGUCUAAAGGCCGCUGUGGUGCUGAGUCCCCGUUACCCAGAAAUCUCCCCCCUCUUCUCCCUCUCUCUCAGCUGGAAGGGGGAGCGCAGUGGAAGCACUGAUGACAACCUCCGAGCCAUGGAGAGCGAGGUCAAUGUGUUCAAAAAUGAACUGCAGGGACCACGGCCAGGCCACCAGCUCCUGACCAAUCAGAUUUCCCGCUUGUGUGUCUGCCUGGAUGUGUAUUUGGAGACUGAAGGACAAGAUGAUGGCGUGGAGGGGCCCCGAGAGUUUCCCAGAGAGAAGAUGUGCCUACGUACUGUCAGGGGCCCAAAUCGACUGAAGCCGUUCAAGUACAACCAUCCUCAGGGCUUCUUCAGCCACCGUUAAUCCUGUUUCCAUGUGUCUGUACUUUACAACUCAAUCUCCCUCUAAUGUACCUUUGUGACUCUUUUCUUCUAAAGUGUCUUUUUUAAAGUCUUCAUUACAAAUUGAAAAUAAACCGUUAUAUUCUUGAA